GGGGCCUCUGGGUUCUACUCGCUCCAGUUCGAGUUCUGGUGCCCCACCCCGCACCGCGAACUUAGGCCUUUGGUCUCCGCUCGCCCGGCUCCCGCUACCGGUUCAGCGCAGGGGAGCCCAGAACCACGUCUUCUCCAGGCCAAACCAGCUACCAGGGCUCAUGGAAUUGCUACCCCUCCGCGGUCACCCUUGAGGCCUCAGCGAGGGAAUGCCACCUGGGCAGAGUGGGGCGUGAGCGCGGGCUGGCACCUGGGUGUGCAGCACGCAUGCUCUGUAUGGUGACUGGUUCUGGAAAGGACGCAAGGCAGGGAAGCUGGUUCCAGGACACUAGAAGGAGGAAGACUCUUUCUGAUCCACUUUCUUGAUGCAGACAGAGGCUCUGCCAAUCCCUGGCCUCGCCGGGCGGAUGCGCCAAGGGAGUCCCCGCCCCUCAGGCUGGCGAGCGUCACGCGUGACGUUACCCGUGAUGGGUGUGAGGGCGGGGGCGUCGCGCGGAGAGGAAGGCGGGACUGAGAGCUGCAGAGGACGGGAGCCCAGGAGCCUAGGAAAUCAAAAUGGGUGAGUUGCCCUUAGAUAUCAAUAUCCAGGAACCUCGCUGGGACCAGAGCACUUUCCUGGGCAGAGCCCGGCACUUCUUCACUGUGACUGACCCCCGAAAUCUGCUGUUGUCCGGGGCACAGCUAGAAGCUUCCCAGAACAUCGUACAGAGCUACAGGGCCGGCGUGGUGACGCCAGGGCUCACCGAGGACCAGCUCUGGAGGGCCAAGUAUGUGUACGACUCUGCCUUCCAUCCGGACACAGGGGAGAAGGUGGUCCUGAUUGGCCGCAUGUCAGCCCAGGUGCCCAUGAACAUGACCAUCACCGGCUGCAUGCUCACCUUCUACAGGCAGACCCCAACCGUGGUGUUCUGGCAGUGGGUGAAUCAGUCCUUCAAUGCCAUCGUUAACUACUCCAACCGCAGUGGCGACGCUCCCAUCACUGGGGGGCAGCUGGGAACGGCUUACGUGAGUGCUACCACCGGGGCUGUGGCCACGGCCCUGGGACUCAAAUCCCUCACUAAGCAUUUGCCCCCGCUGGUUGGCAGAUUCGUGCCCUUUGCAGCUGUGGCAGCUGCCAACUGCAUCAACAUCCCCCUGAUGAGGCAGAGAGAGCUGCAGGUGGGCAUCCCAGUGACCGAUGAACAGGGUCAGAGGCUUGGCCACUCGGUGGCCGCAGCCAAGCAAGGAAUCUUCCAGGUGGUGACGUCAAGAAUCUGCAUGGCGAUUCCUGCCAUGGCCAUUCCCCCAGUGAUCAUGGACACCCUGGAGAAGAAAGACUUCCUAAAGCGCCGCCCCUGGCUGGGGGCGCCCCUGCAGGUGGGACUGGUGGGCUUCUGCCUGGUAUUUGCCACCCCCCUGUGCUGUGCCCUGUUCCCCCAGAGAAGCUCCAUCCACGUGAGCAGGCUGGAGCCGGAGCUGAGAGCUCAGAUCCAUGAGCAAAACCCCAGUAUCGAAGCGGUUUACUACAACAAGGGGCUUUGAGGGGGCGUCAGCCCCUGGCCUCCUCUCUCACCUCCUUGGGCUGCUGCUUUAGUGGAGCCUUGCCGUCCCUGCCACUUUUCCAUCUGCCUGGUACUGGGCGGGGGCCUGGUGUGGGAGCAGCCGUUGAGACCAGCAAUCCAUUAGGCUGGGAGAGGUGCCCCCGUAGCCUUUUUCUCUCCUCUGAUUUCAAAGAGCAGGAUCACAUGAUCCCUUCUGCACUAGUGUGUCUACACAUGUACAUAUGUGAUACAUGUGUGUACAGGUUGUCCUGGGAUGUCCUCAUGUCUGGCUUCCCUUCUUGGCCUCCUGUCACCUGCCAGCCGGCCAGGCUAUGGGACUUUCUCGCCUAAACAGUUCCACCAGCCGAGUCGUUCCUGAUGGAACCUUGCCCCUUCUGGACACAGGAGGAGACCCAGGAUCUCAGGACAGAGACUGAGGGACACUAGCAGGCUAAACUGGGCUGAAUCCUUCAGAUUUCUGCUUCCUGGCUUCCGAAGCUGACUCAGGAACUGGGCUGGCAGAGGAUGACAUGGCAAGAUAAGGGAGGCAGGGGGCUUAUCGCAUUCCCUACAUCCUGGAAGGGGUCAUCUCCUCUCCUCUUCUCUGCUAGAACAAAGGAGUGUCAGUGUCCUGUACUGCUCUUGCCAUCUCCCCAUCUCCCCCACACUGUAGCACGGGCAUCUUCAGGCACAAUCUUAGGAGUUCUUGGGCCGCAAGACAUCAUAACCUUAAGUCUAAAGUUACAAUCCCAACCCCCUCCCCUAACCAAAAAGCCACAAAGGCAGAGCAAGCAUUCCUGUUUAAGAGCCCCCACUGCACCCUCUUACGGAGGGACACAGCGUGGGAACGGUGCUUAAACCCCACAGGUGUCUGAGUGGCUGUAACUAGGACACCUCAAGGGCAACUAGGCCCUGAGCAUAUGAUCUCAAGACAGGGGAUUUUGUGUUCCACUGAUAUUGCUGGACGUUCAGCAGGAUCUUGAUCUUAGUUCCUUCUCUUGAGGCUUUUUGGCCCUGCUCCCCCACAUCCCCACCUCCAAGAGGAGGAAGGGCCCGGCAGUCAACGGCUGGUCCAUAGGGGAGGUGGACUUGGGGAUGGAAUAUGUGCUGGUGAAUUCAUGGAGUGCAGAGCUGGACCAUGACUCCAACUCCUGUGACCUCUGGCUGAAGUGGGGUGAAAGCCCCAGUGCGAUCCUCUAAGAGCACUUUCUUGCUCCCCCAAACAACCGCCACCAGUAAUAAAAGCUAUGGUGCCACUGUUACUCAAUAAACCGAAAACCUGUGUA